AUGAAUCUGCUGUGGCAUGUUGCAGCCCCAUUGGUCAGCUUGGCCGUCUUUGUGGCUCAAAAGAAGAAUCAGAUCAAUAAUUUCUUGAUGGGUUUCUUUCGGGACAUUGGUCGGAUCAAGGCCAAGAACCGACGCCUUCAAAAGGCCUCAGCUAUGAUUGCUUCCACACCGACGAAUGAAGCGAGCAAUUGGGAUAUUUUGCUGAAACGCGAUGAUCCCUUAGAGGGAAUUGACUUGGAUGCCAACGAUGACUUGUUGACAAAUGGCGAGUCCGAUCCAGAUGCACCUGCAACAUCUUCCUUGACCACAUUUACUUUGGCAGAACUCUCAGAAUAUGGAAAUGGGCAAAAUGGCAAUCCAAUUCUUUUGUCCCUCUUUGGCCGAGUCUACGACGUGUCUGAAGGUACCAAAUUCUAUGGGGAAGGUGGGAAAUACCAUAUCUUUGCAGGUCAUGACAUUACUUAUGCCCUGUCAACUGGGUGCAAGACUCUGGAAUGUGUGGACGUCAGACGUUCAGCUCAAGAAGCAGAGCAAGAAGAAGAAUCCAAGCAUGUGCUGGAGGACUUGACGGAGAAGCAAUUAAAGGAAGGCAAGAGGUGGUUAUCUUUCUUUCACUUACACGACAAGUACAACUUGGUAGGUCGACUGGAGGAAGAUCGGGAUAGUUGGUUGGAUGCGCUAGUGGAUAGCGACAUUAAGAAAGAUAAGGAGGAAGACCAAGGAGAAGAAGGUGUUCAAGACGAACAAGGAGUAGAAACAGAAUGUGGGGGGAAUGAAGCUAAAGAGAAUGAAGAAGUCAAUGCGGAAGGCGGAGAACAAGCAAUCCCUGCAGAUUCAAACUGA